GGCCAUCCACGCAGUCUGUCCGUCUGAUAUGAAUGAGUAAUAAAGCGCAGAGCAGUCACGAACCAUCAUCUACACGAAGCGAGCGCCAUCUCGUCUCGUCUCGUCUCAUCGGCCGCCACGGCCCCUAAACGCCCUCACCCCUGCCAAACCAGCAACACACAACACAUAGCACCGUGAAUCAUAUUGCGGGUCUGUCAACUCGGCUCAUCUCACCUCGUCCCCUGCCCGGCAUCAUGCCGCCUCUGCCCAUCAUGGGCGGCCCACGGGGGCCUGGGCCGGGCAGCGCCUGGUUGUUGAUCUCGCUACGGGGGUUGCGCACCGUCUCGUCAAUCGACAGAAUCAAACACGCAGCCUGCAAAGGCGCACAGGGGGGAUGGAUGGAUGGAUGGGGAGAUGGGUGUGUGGAGGGUGUGUGGGGGAGGACCUCGGUGGCGCUGGCGAUUGCGUUUUUCUUGACGAGUGAGGGCUCCCAUAUGUAGCUCUCGUAGGUGUCGCAGAUGCCGCCGCCCAAACAGUCCACGCCGAACCAGCGCGUCUCGGCUGAGAACAGACAGGGAGCGGACACACGCGCCGUGCCCUCUGUGUCUGUGUCUGUGUGUCCCAUACGUACGUUUGGCCUGGGCGUGCUUCUGUCGCAGCUUGUUGAGCAGAUCGAUGGCGUCCAAACCUGACAUACAUCAUGUGGUGGCACAGCACAAGUCAGUCAGCACACGUAAUGAAAUGACUGACAGCGUUGUGCCAGUUGUGUCACGGUGUGUUUGUGUGCCUGCCUACCCACCCACCUGAGUUGGCUGCAAGCGCUUUGGGGAUGCACUCGAGCGCCUUGGCGUACGCGUUGAUGACCAACUGCUGCUUGCCGCUGAUCGAACGGGAGUACUCUCGCAGAUACCGACUCAACUCCAUCUGCACACACAGCCACACACAUACAACCACCGUCCACACAGCGCCAUCCAUCCAUUUGCUCACUGACCUCGAUGGCGCCUCCGCCGCCCACGACGCAGUUGGAUUUGAUGGCGCGGCGGACUAUCAUGAUGGCGUCGUGGAGCGACCUCUCGGCCUCGUCGACGAACUGCUGGGCGCCGCCGCGCAGGAUGAUCGUGGCAGACUUGGUCUGAUCGAUCAGACAGAUUGGAUGGAUGAGUCGGUGUGGUGUGGUGUGUUGGUCGUUUGGCCAUCAUGUCUACCAUACCCCCGGGCACUCCUUGAAGAGGUUGUAUCGCUCGGAUCCGAUCUGGAUCUCCUCAAACUCGCCACACGUGCCUGAAAGACAAGCACACAGGCAGGACAUUCAUGCAGCGUCAUCCUCAUGGUGCCUGAUUGCACUGCAUGGUGACUCACUCACCGAGGACGUCAGGGGUGAGGUUGUGCACAGUGGUCUGGACGGCCGCCCCCGUCGCACGCUGCGUCCGGCGGACGUCCUGAUGACACACACAACGCAGCAGGUGAACGACUCGCAACUGCCGUGGCUGCACUAUGGCCUACCUGUUCCUCGACACGGCCGGCACAGAACACAUCACGGUCUGCACAAGGGAGGAGGAGUCGAUUGAGCUCGGAAUCGUCGUGCAUGUGUGUGGUCUGGCUGGCUGACCGGCGAAGUACUGUGUGGCGAGGUCGCCGAUCGGCAGCCGACUUAACACAACUGACGUAUGGUAUGGAUGGACAAGGGAAGAGAAUCCAGACGAGUGAGUAUCUGGCAUCCAUCCAUCCGUCCAUUGCUUCCUUACCCUUGGCGCCGCUCUUGACGAUGCACUCGAGCUUCUCGUAGAUGAUGUGCCACUCAGCGUCGAUGAUCGCCUGGUAAUCCUGCACACACACGCACACGCACCCACGGACGGACUUGGAUGGAGGUGCAGAAGGGUGGGCGUGGCGUGCAUUGCCCGAGUGAAUCGUACCUCUGGUGAGUUGAUUCUGAUCUCUGCGUUGUCCUUCUCUGCUUUCAGUUCCAGCUCCAGGUUGAGCAGCAGGAUCUUCGGGUGCUCGAACCUCUUGGGCUGCUGCUCAAAACCUACACAACAUACAGAAAACACAUGACAUACACUCGAGUGCAGAUGAGAUGGAUGGAGAGGGGAUGAGUGGGCCGCUCACCGGCGUAGGAGAAUGUCUUCUUGAACGCCACGCCCUUGACCAGGAGGGAGUCCUGAAACACACACCCAGCGACACACUGAGGAUGCGCACUAAGGCGGCAUGAAUGGGAUGUGCUCUCUCACCGUGACCGAUCCCCCGGUGACCUUCUUGAGGCCAAUCAUGUCCUGCAGCAAAGGUACCGACGUAGCAGACGUGUAUCUGUCUGUCUGUCUGUCUGUCCGUCUGUGCUCACUCACUUUGUCCAGGUCCUCGUCGAGUGUCAUGACGGCGUCCACAACCAUCUGAUCGGCACACGGCCAUCCACAUGGAUCUCUUUGUUGGCGUGUGUGUGUGUUUGAAGCCUCGUCGCCUACCGUGCUGAAGAACUUCUUGUAUCCCGACACGAGCUUCGAGUUGAGGGUCGUCUCGGCGCACUUCUGCAGCAAAUCACGCUUCUCGCUGCAGACACACACUCACACACAUACACACAUGACGCGUCAAUCGUUCCAUGCACCUCCCUCCGUCCCUCCCUCACUCGUUGGUUUUGUCGGAGAGGUUGAUUUGUAUGUCUUCGAGUUUGUUGAGUGCGACCUGGCUGGCCUUGCGGAAGCCCCUGGAGACGAUCUGCGGGUGCAGCCCGUCCUCGAUGAACACCUUGGCCUCCUUCAACAACUCGCCGGCCAGCAACACAACACUCGUCGUCCCGUCACCUACCUAACACACAGAGAGACAGACAGAGGCAGGCAGACAGAUGGGCUCAUGGACGGGUGGAUGGAUGGCUGGGUGACCUCUUCAUCUUGUGCUUUGGCGAUGUCGACCAUAAUCUUGGCCGCCGGGUGGACGACAUUGAGCAGCUUCAUGACAGUCGCGCCGUCGUUGGUGAUGGUCACGUCGCUGCCCUCAUGGAUCAGCUUGUCCAUGCCACGCGGACCUGCACACACACGCACACACACAACACGCAUACACACAGACACGGGCGGCCACAUCCUCCCAUCUCUCUGGCAUUGUGUUGUGUUGUGCUGUGUUUGUGGCCGACCUAGUGUGGUCCUGACUAUGUCGACGACGACUUGGCAUGCGUUGAUGUUGCUGAUGAUCUGAGACUUGCCCUGGGACGAGUCGGUGCCCUCCUUGAGCAGAAGGAUGGUCGGUUGCUGCACACAUGCCACACCAUAUCCGUCAGCAAUGAGUCAGCAGCCAUCGGGCAACCGAGAUGAGCAUGGCGGAGGCCUCCAUCUGUUACAACAGCUUCCCGUGCAUGUGAUCUUACCAGCAUGUAACUCAUGUUGGCGGCUUGAAACGAACGCGGAGGAGAUCCAGCUCAACCUCAGUUGCUGCCCGCUGUUUCUUCUUC